AGAUCUGUUACGGCUUCGUCGUGGUUGCGCCGCAUUGCCAUGGCGGUUCCGUUAAAAACCUAAAAAACCUCUUUUUAUUUUACUUCCUCGCUCUUUCGCUUUGUCUCCCCACCGCGAUCGCCCACCGAGAUUUCCGUUUUUCGCCUGCACGCUUCCUCUUCCUUUUUGCUCCAUUGCGCUUUUCGCGAUGGAGGCCUCGGAGUACUUGGGUGGGAUCGGAGGGAAGUUGCGGCGGAAGCCGCACCGAAGAGUCGCCGCGACGCCCUACGAUCGUCCUGCAACUGCCGCACGCACCAUCAGCAGAGGCAGGUGGCUGUCGAAACUCGUCGAUCCUGCAUCGCGGUUUAUCGCUAGCGGCGCCUCCAGACUCUUCUCCUCCAUGUUCCGAAAGCAGCUCACCGCACCGACGGCUGAGAAAGCUCCAGGUGAAGUAUCUCAGUUUCAAUCUGCACAAGAAGUUGUAACAGCAGUAUCCCCUGAUUUGCCGAUUGAACUACCAGAGAAUGAAGCUGAAAACAAAAAUGUUGCAGCAAAUAAUCUUGAGGAUAACGUAGUGUUGGAAUUUGGACAACUUAUUAAGGAGAAAAGUUUCACAAAAGCUCAAUAUGAGCAUCUGAUUGAUGUACUGAGGUCAAGAACUACUGAUUUGGAUACAACCAAUUCUGGUGCAAAUGGUGAAAAGAUAGAUGAUGUUAUUGUUCCCCAGCCAGCAACAAGAACAGACAACUUCAGCUUAUGUGAAGAUCAUGUUACUGAUGGUCAUGCUGUCACACCAGUGGAACUUGCUAAAGAAUAUAUGCGUGCCAAGGUUUCAAGUGCCAAGGUUUCCAAUGAUUCCCCUUUGUCUCAAAAUUGGCAAAGUCAUCUCUUUCAUAAGAAUAAAAAAGUGCAAGCUAAUUCACAUUAUGGUGCAAAAAAGUUAGAUCUUAAAAUUCCAAGAUCUCUAGCUCAAUUGCCUGCCAUGAUUCCUGAAAGUAGUUAUUUAACUCCAAGGUCUCUUGGAAGAUCUGGAACGUAUAAAAUGGAAGGCUCUCUGUAUGCUAAGUCAAAGGUCGAGGAAUCUUUGAAAGAUGACUAUGCUGGAACCUUUUCUGAAAAGACACCAUGCAAUGAGCAAGCAGGGGGGCAGGUAUUGAAACGAAGCAGUUCAACAUUGUACAGUGAUUUUCGAUCUACUUGUCCUAUACGGAGGGUCCGUCAAAAAUUGGGCAUCAAUUCAUCGAAUAGAAUAAUGCAUUCAGUUUUACCUGGAAACAGUGAGCCUUGUAGUUUGACUGUCAAGAAGGGUUUUCAAGAUCCAUCACAAAAUCAAUGUUCUCAUAAUUUGGAUGCACGGGAAGAAACUGAGGGCAACAAAAUUCUCAACAAGGCUGUUGCUUCUGGUUCAGUUCAGUCAAGAGAGAUGGAAAACAAAAUAUUGCAAGGCCUUGAUAAAUUAUUGCCUUCCUCGAAGAGAAAAUCAAUGAAGCUAAAGGAUAAUCCUGUUGAAGAAUCACCUUCGUAUGGGAUACAUACACAUCCAAAAGGUACUGGUGAUGCUUUAUGUGAUAAACAAGGAAGGCUUGAUAUGCUUCAGGAGAAUGGUCCAUUGACUGCUUGCAUGCAUGAUAAUAAUGUUGUGGAUGCUGGAGUCUCAGAUUACAUUGCUGUUUUUGGGAAUCAGAAACCAGCUUUUCAGAUUAGAGAAUUUAAGGAUACAGUAGUGAAUAAUAUCGAGGGAUCUUCAACAAUUUCCAAAUAUAGCAAGGAUUUUUCUUUUCCUUCCAUAAAUGUUUCAUUUACUUCUGAAUUACCUCCAACACCUACUCUGCCAGGACCAUUUCUUGAGAAGUCUAUGGUACAAAAAGUACAAAGUACUACUCCUUUGGUUAUAUCUGGUUCCAUGGAAGCCAGCACAACACAGUCAGACACAAAUCGAGACAGUUCUCAUGCCGUUUCUACCCUAGAAAAUUGUACAAGGUUAAAUCAAGUUUCAACUUCAUGCGUUGAUUCUGUUCCUGCACUCCAUUUUGAGCCUGUAGCCUCAAUAGUUUGUUCUACUCUGGCACCUCAAAUUAGUUCUGGGAAUUUGGAAGGAAAGCCUAGUGAUGCAUCGCCAUUCAUCUUGAAUAGUGCAAGUCAAGACACAGCUUUUAAAUUUGGAAGUAAUUCCGUUGCACCAGUGGCAGUGUCUCGGUUCUCAAGUGCUAGCAGUGACAUGGAUUGGGCAGCACCCACAGUUUCUAGCUCUGAAGUUGGUUCUGCUCCAUCAAGUCUGUUACCAGAGAGUGGCAGAAGCCAAUCUGCUCUUCCAGCAAAAAUGUUGUCAGGUGCAAGCAACAACUUUAGUUUCAAUUCGUUGAGAUCUAAUAAUUUAUCCUCUCUGGACAAAAGCACUGAAACCUCAUCCACUGUUGCUGUUACUGGAUUAGUAGGAACUUUGGCAACUCAACAAACUUCUGAUGUUUCAGCAAGUCAAUUCCAGUCAACUUCUGAGAAUAGAGCGAACAAUAGUUUUGUGUUGGCACCACCAAUAGUUUCCAGCUCUGGGAGCAGCUCAGCAGCUGCUGCAUUGAGUUUCUUUCCAAGUUCCGGCAAUAAACAAGCUGCCAUUGAGCCAACUUUACCUGAUGCAAAUAACACAAAAUUUGGUUUUGGUUCAACAAAGUUUAAUAAUUCUGCCUCAAUAAAUCUGGGCAGUAGCACCAAAACCUCUCCUGGCAAUAAUAUUACUGGAUUUGCCGGAACUUUUGAUAACAGAGCUAAUGAUGGUUCUAUUUUGCCGACAUUUGGUGUCCCGAGCUUUGCAAGUAGUUCUGCUGCGUCAAGUCUGUUUCCUCAUGCUGUUUCCUCAACCAAUAGCUUCUCUAAACUGGGUUCAGGACUUAAUAAUCUAGGCUCAUCUUUAACAGACGCCAAAACCUCUCCAAGCGUUAAUUUUACUGGAUUUGGCAUGCAGUCAACUCAAAUUCAGAGUGGAAUCCCACAUAUUUCUAACAGCUCAAUGAGUCAAUUUCCGUCGUCGUCUAUUUCCAAUUCAACUUUUGGAACGAACGUUGCUUCCUCAUCAAGUUUAGGCAGCUCACCAUUUGGAACAACAGAUACACAUUCCAAGCUGUUUUCAUCUUUUUCAACAGGUGCUGGUUCUUCCAGUAUCAGUGCUGCUGCUGCUACAACCCUUCCCUUAGCAGCAACCCCUGGUUUGUUUGGUUCUAAUUCCUUACCACCGACAUUCCUUGUUUCAAGUGCAUCUUCUGGUGGCUUUGGUUCUACUUCCGUACAAUCAACAAUCGAUGCACCUUUUGUAUUUAAAUCGUCAUCCAAUCCAGCAUUUUCUGCUAGUCCUGCUGGUACUUCAUUUGCAUCUGGAAGUCCAGCAGUUGGUUUCAGUUUCAGGACAACCAGAGAUGAUCAGUUGAGUAUCAAGCAAAGCCAGACCGUAGGUGCUAAGCAGUCAACAGGCAGUAUGGUUCAGCAGUUCAGCCAAUCAGGCACUUCAUCUGCUGCAACAGUUUUCAGCGCUCCGGCAGUCCAUUCUACUCAACAGAAUUCUUUUCUUCCUUCCAUUCAACCACAAUCGCAAGCUGCUGGCAGUGCUCAAAUUCCUCAAGGAGGCACCUUUGCUAUGGGUAGCAGUGGCGGUGGCAAUGGUGACAAAUCCGGUCGUAGAAUAAUUAAGAUUAGAAGAGACAAGAGGAAAAAAUAAGCACAGUUGCGACGCAAGAACAUUUCUUGCUUGCGUGAUCAAACUGUUGUUGCUGGAAGUUAAAUCAUGGUGAAGUGGUCGUGGAGCUUUAAUUCCUUGAUUUUGUACGGCCAAUUUUGGUCCACCUGUGUCAGAAGGCAUAAGUUUGUGUAUUGAUGAUUUAUAUUUAUUAUGUACAAAUACAUAUAAUUUUUCAUGACGAACCUUGUAGUGAUAUGUUAUAGCAGAUUUUACA